AUGGAGGUGACGCCAAAUGUGUCUUUCCCCUCAUCUUCAUCUGUGACCUUCCCUGCUCCAAGCACAGAGAGUACGGAGAAAGAGACUGUCUCAAGAAACAUUAUGACGAAACAAUACAACUUACCCUUUGAGCUCGACGACCCUACACUGCUCCACUUCGACUCCUACGUCGGGAACGAAUGGGUGCAAGCCAAACGAGGCCAGAGAUUCGAGGUUGUCGACCCCGGAACCGAUAUUCCUUGGGCAACGUGUCCGACCAAUACGGCAGAGGAUGUGCCGCACGCAGUGGAAGUUGCCCAUGAUGCAUUCGAGAAGUACAAACGAGUCAACCCCCGCAAGCGGGCUCAGUUGCUCCUAGAAUGGGACAGGCUGAUCCGCGCGGCCAAGUCGGAUCUAGCUAAGGUCAUCACGCACGAGACGGGCAAACCCCUUGCCGAAGCACAUGGGGAGAUCGACUACGCCCUUGGCUUCACCUGGUGGUUUGCAGGCGAGGCGGAGCGGGUUCACGGUGGCAUCUCUGUCCCUGCAGCUCCCAACAGACGCGUAUUCACACUCAAGCAGCCUAUCGGGGUAGCUGCGGCAUUGGUGCCAUGGAACUUCCCCGUGGCUAUGAUCCUGCGGAAAGCGGGCGCCGCGCUGGCUGCUGGAUGUACGAUGGUGGUGAAGCCCAGUCCUGAAACGCCCAUUUCGGUGCUCAUACUGGCCCAUUUGGCGCAGAAAGCUGGGUUUCCCGCCGGUGUGUUUAACGUCCUCACCACGGAUCUCGAAAAUACUCCAUCCCUUAGCGAAGCACUUUGCAAGCACCCUCUUGUCAAGAAAGUGACAUUCACAGGCUCCACGCGCGUCGGGAAGCUUAUCGCCUCCCACUGUGCGGUAGGACUGAAGAAAGUCACCCUCGAACUGGGCGGAAACUGUCCCUUUAUCGUCUUCGACGACGCCAACCUCGACCAGGCCCUGGAGCAACUGAUGGCCCUGAAAUGGCGCCAUGCCGGACAGGCAUGCAUCACAGCUAACAGAAUCUACGUCCAGGACAAAGUCUACGAUAAGUUCGCAGAAUUACUGAAAGAGCGAACGAGCAAACUAGUCGUCGGCCACGGCGCAUCCGAAGAGACAACCAUGGGGCCCUUAACGACACCCCGCGGCGUCCACAAGGCCCAGCAACAGGUCGAUGACGCCAGAAACCUCGGGGCCAAGGUUAUUUUAGGUGGCAACCCACAUAUCAUCACCAAAAGCAACAGCAACAACAAUAGCAAGGGCUAUUUCUUCGAACCCACUAUCCUAACAGGCAUGACGCAAGACAUGCUGAUUUCUCACGAGGAGAGCUUCGCGCCCAUUGCGGCACUGUACCGCUUUCACACGGAAGAGGAAGUCGUCGAGCUCGCUAAUAAGACGAGCAUGGGUUUGGCCAGUUACGCAUUUACCAAGAACGUUGACCGCAUGUGGCGGAUGCUGGAGAAUUUGGAGGCGGGGAUGAUUGGGAUGAAUACAGGGAACUCGUCCGCUGCCGAAUCGCCAUUCGGGGGCAUCAAGGAAUCCGGAUAUGGCAAGGAAAGCGGGAAGGAAGUGGCUAUUAAUGAAUAUCUGAUUACGAAGACGGGUACAUUCACGAUGGAGGGUCAAUAUUAG